GGUGAACUUAGGCCGCCUCGAGAUCCCAAACCCGGCAUGUUGGUUCGGAUCCGCCACCGACCUCUCAUCACUAUCCCAUCUCGCCCAGCCUGCCAUCUUUGCUUAAUAACUCUAGCCGAUUAGCCUUAGAGCUUGCAAGCGGCGCUGCUCCUUUGCUUUCUUACAUCCCUGGCCGCCUCCAUCGACGGCUUUUCUGGCACGAGAUCUGGCUGUGCGCCCAGCUCUGACCGCACACUCGCCUCUCCUGCUCGUUGGAGAACGCCCUCCUGGCGCGCUCCGCCUCUCCGCUCCUGUUCGGCUGGGGCCCGCCAAUGAUGGAGUUUGGCAACAACGAGCUUUCAGACUUGACCGCUCAGCUUCCAUUGCCAUCCUACCACCGCGUCCACCUCGCAGCGGCUGACUCUUCAUCCCCGGCGUCGCGCCCUCGCCCUUAACCUCUGCUCGUCACCUAGUUUCUGACGUCUGUAGCCGCCGCCUGAUCUGCCCGCGCCGGUUCCCGAUGUAACGAUCGAAGCAUACGAGAUGGACCCGGGAGAUUACGAUACCAAUUCUCUAUUAAUUAACGAUGUUGCUUCCAUCAGCUUCAGGGUGUACGAGCCGGUCUUGUCGUCAUCGAUCUACACAUUCGCCGCAUCCGACGUCGAAAGAGCGCUCAGGCGCGAGGGUCACCUUGUAUAUGCCGACUCCGUCCGUCGCGUGCUCUGGUGCUUCUUCCUAGUGGGCAAGGAUGCUUCUCAGGUCGCGCCGUCGGAUCUCGCACAAACACUGGAGAUAUGCGGUUACAAGCUAAACAAGGUCACCGACGGCACCUUUGACCCAAUCAGCCUCCUCAAAACCCGGCCGUCGACCACAAACGCAAUGAACACCCCGAGCAGCUCUUCCUCGACUGGCUCCGCGCUGGACCAGCCUGCUCGAAGCACCCAACCGGCACAGUCGGGCUCGUCUCCCGUAUGGCCUUCGGGGCCCACAGAUUACGAGACAAAACAUGACCCUAGGGGUUCCUCGAGUGUCCCGGCCAAGGAAGUAUACGAGUACUUCGUCUCCGCCGUUCUUUCCAGCCUGUCGGCGGCGUUCUGUGCCAAAAUAGGAGCCAUCGCACUGAAUUCCCGCUCACUCCUGCUGCCCCGCGCAGCGUCCCCAUUAGAUGAUGGCACGGUUGGACCGAACCAGCCUCGGGCGAUCCUUGCCACUUUUCGCGUCUACCUAACCACCACCGGCUCGCUCGUGAUCGGCCUGGCGCUCUCCGUCAUGAAUGGUAUCAUGUCUUGCGCCGAGCGUAUGGCGACCAACCCAAUACCGGCUAGGAUCCCUGUGCUUGUGGCACCUCUGGGGGCAUAUGGAACGCUUCAAAGCUCGUUUGAUCCCACCUCCGGCUUUGAUCAGCACUCAGUCCAGUCUCCAGAUACCCAGAUCACGCGGCCACGACCAGACACGGACGAGAGGAUGGCGCGGUGGCGUAGAGACUGCAUAAAGAUACUGGAGAUGCGUGGCGUGUCUCCCUCGGUGCUCUCGGGAACCUCGUGGGUAAGCAUCCAGUCUUUGCGCAAGAGAGCUUCCGAGCACAAAGUCGACGGCAAAAGGACUCCAGGUGGCGCGACAGCAGGCACCAGCACUGUGUUCUGGCCCUCUGUGCUCUGUUUUCAUAGGACAUCGAGGAGUGAUCGGCCAUCAUCCCUGUCGUCUGAGGCCCUUGGUGUCGCCGAGGUGGCCGCGAUGGACCCCCUUACCAAUGCAAGAGCCUGGCUCAUGGGCGCCGAGGAGCGGGACGGUCUCCUGUUGCGAAGGCAAAAGGAGAGGGAGGCACUUGCAUCACGCGUGACGGCUGAUGGGGAUGCACGCGCACAGCCCUCAAACGGAUACUCGCCGCUAAAGCUGCGGAGGCAGAGUAAUUCCAACGCUGUGCCCUUGCCAGGAACAAUGUACCCCACCCCUCCAGACGGCGUCCAGAAUCCUGCCGCUGCCACUUCAUAUCUGGAUGGCACUGUGUCAAGUCCAGCGAACGCGCCUGGCGUAGCUCUCAUCGCCUCCGCCGCAGACGUGGACGUGGUCAUGACACAAGCGGACGCUGGGCCUGCCGGGGGCUUCGGUGAUGGCUGGGAGGGGGGUGAUGUCAAGCGCGCGGACCCGGAAUUUCUUGGUGACAUGGGCGCAGAUAUCUUUGGAGACAACGAUAUUACUGAUGCCGAUUUCAGCUUCUUCGACGAGCAGCCUGGUGGCGGCGACAUGGACUUUUCCGGGCUGUCCAGUAUGGGCGUUGCCAUGGAAGCGCCCUCCAACACCUCCCUAUCCUUUGGCACCUACCCUCAAAAGCCGGUCGAGCCCGUUGCCCUUCCACAAGUCAUCCCCUUGCCGCCCGUCUUCGCGAAACCCGAGCUUAAGCAUGCCAGGAGCAGCUUGGUGGAUGAGUCUCGUUUCGGGAAUGACGACACUCGGCUCCGGAGGCAGCCCUCUGGGGGCGUCAAGAGACAGCCGAGCCCGUUCGACCCCGAUACCGUGUUCAAGAGGGUCCGGGCGUCUCUGGAAAGCACUUCUGCGCUUUCCAACAGGAAUCUGCAUCCGUCGAGGCGUGGCAGCGUCUUCGAAAAGGUCGACUUUGACCCCUAUCUGGCGCUAAAUAAUAAAAAGUACCAGGAAAACGGACGCUUCGGGUGCCGCUGGGACGUUAAAAAGGAAAACAGGGCAAACGAUGCGGCGUCCCCGCCGACUACAGACUACCUCCGCCGCCAUGGGAACCGACGCAACAAACUCAAGGAGCUCCCCUCAUCAAACGUCGGUGCCCUUCUCGCCAAGAUCACGGGGGACCUCGAGACGAGCUCUUUGCAACCAAGCCCUGACAAGAUGGAUGAUCCGCCCUCUGAUGCUGACGACGUCAGUCUCGUUUCUGAUCAAGACGACACCAGCUACACCAGUGAAGAGCCAACAUCGCCCACCCGAUCGGUUGCCACCCGGAGACGUCCGGAAGAUGACGCAAUAUCCCUGGCUACAUCGCUGAGGGAACUGGACACUGCCGGGGCGUCAUCACCUCAGGUAUCGGUAGACCUGUCCAGGUUCGCCAACAACGAGCCGCCCGAGCUCCCUCUUGCUCGAUGGUUCGCCGAGCCGGAGCCGACAGGGCUGUCUGGGUCAUACGGCGACGAUGACUAUAUAAUGAUAGCACAGAUCCUUACGGAGCAGGCCGCUUUAGGCAUGCUGAAGCUAGCUGCGGCGCCGCAUGCCGACUCGGAGUUUUCCAACCCACGAGAAACCCGUCGGAAAAUCUCAACUUGCGCGAGGUACUCUCUUCGGGUUCUUCGCUCAGUCCUUCCGCCUUCCCUGUCCGGUGCCUUGGAGUGUCGGUUCAAGCCUCUGCUGGACGUCCAAGACAUUCCUCUGGUUGGACCACCCAGCCGACUGCCGCCCAGGCCGACCGGUGCCCCCGAGCAGACGCGUCCCAAUCUUUUCCAGAUUCCUCCGCCACAGUUCGAGCUGCGGCGGCACGAGACGAGGCUUUCGUUGCUGCCGUCCUGCACGGACUUUUGGGAGAGCCUAGGACUUGGCCCAUCGCAAGGCCCCAAGGACGUGCUCGCCGUGUGCGUUUUCCCAGAGUGGGAGGGCCUGCUGGACCAUGUGGACAACUUUCUGAACCGCACACGGACCGUCUAUGACUCCUUGAAGCUCGGCUCGUUUGAGCGUCUACCGACCGUCGGGGGUCUGUCGGACGGUCUGGUUCCGUACGAGGUUGGUGGCAGCUCGCCCAUCGAGUCCCCUAGCUCGGUUGUGGCGCGACCCGGAUCCGUUGUGGCCGACCGGAUGAGCAAGCUCAGCCAGGCGCUUGCUGCGACGGCGGCUUCCGAGAAAAACUUUGUGGUCUACUACGUCUACACGCCCUCGAAUCCGACGUCCAUCGUCGAUUGCUGCGCGGCGUUCCAGCGGCUCUUUGAACUCUACAAGAAGCUGUUGUCAGACAAGCGGGCCCAAAGCAAUAACGAGCUCGUGAUGCAGCUGCUUCCCCUCGACAUGGUGGCGUCGGCAUCAAGCCUGGCUAUACCAGCACCAUCGGAGUAUGUCAGGCUAUGCUUGGAGACAUAUGAUCGCUGCACGCUUUUUGAUGGCACGAUGCCUGCGCCAGCCAUUAUACUUGAGCAGCCACUGCCACGACAUAUCGAGUUCAAGCUUACCAGCGCCUCAUCUACCAAUGUGCUCUAUGAGAACUCGUGCAUCCACAUCGCGUACGCCCAGAGCGUCGACGAGCGGUGGAUGACGGUGGCGUGGACGGAUAACCGUGGCAUCAAGCAAAUGACGGCGUCGUACUGCCUGGGCAGGAGAGACAGGCCGCUGUCGACCCCCUUUGCCAAGGUGGCACAGGAGAUCUGGGAUACAACCGAGGAGCUCAUCUCGGCGUGGAGGGUACAUUGGCAGUUGAUCGUCACGAAGUGCGGCCCCAUGGACCAGCAGGAGGUGGACACGUGGGUUGCCUUGCAGCAGGGCGAAACUAAGGUGCCCUCGAUCAGCCUGACGCUGCUGACGGUUGACACUGAUCCAUCCUUGCUCCUUGUGCCGCCCCCGGCCAGGAUAGCGCUGACCACAACGAACACCCUCUACACGACUCCGGCCUCGACUCCCCAGGCGUCGGUAAUGUCCCCCGAACAAGUGAACGGACCGGCCACUCCCCUGGGCACCGGGCCCACCUCGGGCCCAGCCAACCCGACGACUCCCGGCACCGAGCCAAGCGCGGUCGACCCGGACAUCGACACAACGCUAGUGGAUAUGACAGAUGCAACCUGGGGGGCCAUACUUUCGCACAGGCUCAACAACGCCGCGUCGCUGACAGACCUGACGCCGGCGCUUGUCAGCGGCUACCUUGUCAAACGGGGCGGCACCCGGCUCGAGGACCCGCCCGUGGCCAUGGAGCUCAAUGUGAUAUACACCGAAGGCAACCCGCGCAUGUAUGAGGCUCUCCUGCGGGAGAUGCUCAGUUACUUCAGGGGACUUGGCUCUCUGGCGCGAGCCAGGGGAGUGGUUGACCGCGAUGUCGACAUAAGGCCGUGGCACAUUGCGGCGGCUGAGAAAGGAAUUCAUGCGCUUCACCAGCUGCUUUAAGGGGUUGUCAAUGGUCAAGGUAUACCAGGAGGGUACGAAGCCAGAACGCAAGGGGCGGUCACUCGAGGGGGGCGUUCGUGGAGGCAUUAAGUAGAUGGUAACGUUGUUGUAUGUGCGACGGGCGUUUGGGCUGCGAGUCACGCUGACAGGAUGUCACGGUUUUCUCCCGCUCCCUAUUUGUCACUUUUAGUAGUUACUGAGAUUCCCCGGUUGCUGGUGUCUGGAGUUGGAAGCUGAAGCGUGUUUGCACGGAGGCAUUGGUCGGGACAGAAUCGGUCACUGUUUAUGCAUAAAACUAUAGGAUACCAUUCCAGGUACACAAUGCACAUUUUGCCGUCUAUAAUGAGGAC